GGGCAUUUUAAGUGGGUGGUCAUGCGUUUUGGCCUCACCAACGCCCCAGCGACCUUUCAAGCGGCAAUGACUAAUAAGUUCCGUGCAAUGUUGGACCGGUUCGUGCUGGUCUACUUUGACGAUAUUCUCGUCUAUAGUCGGUCGUUGGAGGAUCAUCUUGGACAUCUUCGACGAGUGUUGGAGACGCUCCACCGCGCCAAGUACAAGGCCAACCGCGACAAGUGUGAAUUUGUCCGGGAAGAGUUGGAAUACUUGGGCCAUUUUGUCACACCAGAGGGCAUCAGUCCGCUAUCGGACAAGAUUCAAGCCAUCCAAGAGUGGUCGGAGCCUCGGAACGUCACGGAUGUCCGCUCGUUCCUUGGUCUCGCCAGCUACUAUCAGCGUUUCAUCAAAGGCUACUCGAAGAUCGCGGCCCACUUGACCAAGCUUCAAUGCGAGGAUCGGUCGUUUGAUUUCAGAGAGGAGGCGCGGGAAUCAUUUUUUGCUCUCAAAGGCGCGCUAUUAUCUGCGGAGGUCUUGCGAAUAUACAACCCGCUUUUGCCUACACGCGUCACUACGGAUGCGUCAGGCUAUGGCAUUGGUGCAGUCCUUGAGCAACAUGAUGGUGUGGACUGGCACCCGGUCGAGUAUUUCAGCAAGAAAGUGCCCGUCGUGAAUUCCAUUGACGAUGCACGCAAGAAGGAGCUCCUCGCCUUCGUCCACGCGCUCAAGCGGUGGCGGCACUUCCUCCUUGGUCGAAGCCAAUUUCGAUGGGUAACGGACAACAAUCCGUUGGUCUUCUAUGAGACCCAAGACACCGUCAACAGCACCAUCGCUCGAUGGAUGGCUUUCAUCGACCAGUUCGACCUCUUUCCCGAUCACAUUCCCGGGAAGUCGAACCGUUUUGCGGAUGCUCUUUCACGACGUCCGGAUCAUUGUACCGCGGUCUACUCAACCUUCGAGAUCGACGAUGACCUCCGAAACAGCUUCAUCCGCAGCUACCAAGCCGACCCCGAGUUUCGCGACAAGUACGCGAAUUGCUCCUCUCCUAAUCCAGCGCCUUCUCACUACCGGAUCCAAGAGGGGUACUUGCUUGUCCACACGCCGGGGAAGGACCUUAUUUGCGUACCGAGUGAUCCUCACUUGCGUACACGGCUUCUUGGCGAGUUCCACAAUGCUCCCGCCACCGGACACUUUGGAGUCAACCGCACGAUUGGCCGACUUCGCCAGCGAUUUUGGUGGCCCGGCCUUUUCGGCGGUGUCACACGCUAUUGCGAGUCAUGCGAGGUUUGUCGACGUUGCAAAUCCCGCAACCAUCGUCCGUACGGCGAAUUACGACCAUUACCGGUCCCGUUGAGGCUAAGGGAAGCGAUUGCCAUGGACAUCACCGGCCCGUUCCCCAAGCACAAAACCGGAGUGGAUGGGAUUCUCACGGUGGUCGACCGACUCACCAAGUUCGCCAUGUUCUUGCCUUGUCGCUAUCAUGCCAAGGCACCGGAGUUGGCCGAGGUUCUUUACGCCGGUUGGAUUCGAACCAAGGGUUACCCCAAGGAGAUCGUCUGCGACCGCGACACCCGGUUCAUGUCCGAUUUUUGGUUGGCGCUCAUCAAGCGAUGGGGCUCAUCUCUCAAGCCCAGUUCAUCUCUCCACCCUCAGACCGAUGGCCAGACGGAGAGGGCGCAUCAAACCGCACGGGUACUCCUUCGCACCCUCAUCCACCCCGACCAUAAGGAUUAGGUUGAGCGGCUGCCGGAUGUCGAGUUGGCCUACAACUCCUCUAUCCACCCGGCUAUCGGGAUGUCGCCCUUUGAGUUCG